AUGACCGUCGUUACCACAAAAGGAGAUAUCGCUUGCAGAAUCGUAUACCUAUAUCGCAUGUCCAAAACACAGAGAAAGACAAGGCCCUUUCACAGGCCUCAGAUCAUCGACCUCAACCCACUCGCACUUCGCCCAACCUCGGUCACACCCGAGACGGCACAGACCGUGCCCGAAUACCUUGCGUGGUACCGACUGCCCGUGAACGGGUCCUCGACCGCAGCGUCGUUGGCGUAGAUCGGUGUCAAAGAAGCGGGACACACGUCGAAUUGAGCAUGCAGGUCGUACGCGAUCUCGAUCGCAUCUCGCGGGUUCUUGUUCGCCGUCGCGAGCACGUUCUUGGCCUGCGUCGCCACCGUAGCCGCGGGCUGCAGGUCGAGCAGCUUCUGGGCGAACGUUGCCGCGGUCGGGUAGUUCUUGGCCUUGACAAAUGUCGCCAUCGCCAAACGCAACGCGAGCAGGAGAUGUGCAGGCUGCAGUCGGCAGUGCGUGAAGUAGGCGGCCAAUUCGAGUUGCCGCUUCGUGCUCUCCGGCGAGGGGCCGAGCUUCUCGACGCGUCGUCGCUCGAUCUCGAGCGCAAGACCGACAAGAUAUUCGCGGCAGAUGACAACAAGUUCUUGCAGCUCCGCCGCCUCGCCUGGUGUUGA